UGUCGAUCGCUGCCUGCACAAAGGAAAUAUAUGAGAUCCCCUCUAAUCCCUGAAAUGGCGACACAGGAGGUACAGCUGAACGAGACUCUCUCCCACCUCAAAACGGAGUCGGAGACGCUGAAGACGAAGCUGGAGGAGGAAAGAGCGAAGCUGCACGAUGUCGAGCUACAUCAGGUGGCGGAGAAGGUGGAGGGUCUUGGUCAGUUUGUCAUGAAGACCCGCAGAACUCUGAAGGGACAUGGCAACAAAGUUCUGUGUAUGGACUGGUGUAAGGACAAGAGAAGGAUUGUCAGCUCCUCACAGGAUGGAAAAGUGAUUGUAUGGGAUGCUUUCACCACCAACAAGGAGCACGCUGUGACAAUGCCAUGCACCUGGGUGAUGGCCUGCGCCUACGCCCCCUCUGGCUGUGCUGUAGCUUGUGGGGGCCUGGAUAAUAAAUGCUCAGUGUAUCCUCUGUCUCUGGACAAGAACGAGAACUUGGCUGCAAAGAAGAAAUCAGUGGCCAUGCACACUAACUACCUGUCUGCCUGCAGCUUCACCAACUCGGAUAUGCAGAUCCUAACGUCCAGCGGGGAUGGGACAUGUGCAUUAUGGGAUGUCGAGAGUGGGCAGCUGUUGCAGAGUUUCCAUGGACAUGCUGCAGACGUGCUCUGUCUGGACUUGGCCCCCUCUGAGACUGGAAACACAUUUGUUUCAGGGGGCUGUGAUAAGAAGGCCAAUGUGUGGGACAUGCGGUCAGGACAAUGCAUUCAGUCCUUUGAAACUCAUGAAUCAGACAUAAAUAGUGUGCGAUACUAUCCCAGUGGAGAUGCAUUUGCAUCUGGCUCAGAUGAUGCAACAUGCCGCCUGUAUGACUUAAGGGCAGACAGAGAAGUGGCUAUUUAUUCCAAAGAGAGCAUCAUAUUCGGGGUCUCCAGUGUUGAUUUCUCUCUCAGUGGACGGCUACUGUUUGGUGGCUACAACGACUACACCAUAAAUGUUUGGGAUGUUCUCAAAGGAACAAGGGUGUCUAUUCUGUUUGGACAUGAGAACCGUGUCAGUACACUGCGUGUGUCCCCAGAUGGGACAGCCUUCUGCACGGGUUCCUGGGACCACACUCUUCGGAUCUGGGCUUAAGGAUGAAGACACAGAGGACUGAAUGGAAGACAGACUUACUGAAGACACAACAUUUCUGUUUGCUAGAGUACAAUCACAGAAAUAGAGAACUCAGUUUUGGUUGUACAUAGGGCAUAUCAAUAGCAUUGUAUAUACUCCAGUCUCAUGGCCACGGUAGAUUUACAUAUUUCAGAGAAUAACGAAACCAAAUGGCACGCUUGUAUUACAGUAUGAUUGAGAGAAAAUUUCACAGAAGUACUUACAGUUAUUACAACUUAAGAUGUAAAAUGUAUAUUGCAGAAAAUAACAUUGGUAGUGACUAGCAUCAGUCUAGAAUAGAAAUUACACAAUAAAGUGAUGUAUUGUAUGUGCCCACUUAAAGGACAUGUUUAUUUGUUUUUUGCACAAAAUAUAAUGGAGGAAUGCGGACUGUAGAAGAAAAUACAACUGCAGGAGGAGCACUAAGGUUUUAAUGAAGGCCUCAGCUUCACUUGACUCGAUUUUCUCAUGACACAGAUGGAAAAAAGACAGAAGGGAGGAUGGAGAUUUGUGGCUUCUCUAAGUGAGAAAUGUUGAAAUGUGAGGAUUAUUAGAUUGGCUUGUAGAACUGAAUUGAUUUGUAUUAGUAUGAAGUGUUAUGAACCAAAGUGCAAAUCUGAAGCUUAUGUAAGGUGGAAAUAGAUUUAAUACCCUGUACGCCCAGCAAGCCUUGACAGCAACUCACCUGCCAAUAUUAUUCUAAUGUAAAGAAAGCACAUAUUUACGAUAAACCUAAAAUACAAGAUGUUGGUUUUUCCCAUGCUAUGAUUUUAAAAGAUGGUCUACGUCUCAUCUGUCUGUUUCCAGCUGUGGAAUCCACUUUCUGCUCUAUGUGCACAUCUGGUCACUGCAGACACCCUGAACGUGUGGUCCCCCACUAGAUAUCUAAAUACUACUAUAUAAAAACAUGUUUAACUCCUAGAAUGUACUCCUUUUCAUUAAA